UUAUCUCCUGAUAGUUAACUUCGCUUAGCGCCUUCCUUUCAUCCCUCAUGGCUAAUAGCUCUAUUGCACAAUUCAAGAUUUCAAAUCCAGGCGGGCUCACUCGUCGCCUGGUAUUCCUCGCCCACCCUACUUGGGCCAUUCUAUCCUCCAAGAUUAGUGCGACGUUCGGAAUUCCAACCGACAACGUUGGGGUAUCCUACCUUGACCAAGAUGGGGACGAAGUAACUCUCAGUUCUGAUGAGGAGUUGCAGGACUACUAUAGCACCCUCGGUGGUGAUAAAUACAAUCCUAUCAGGCUUUCGGUACAGGACCUUAGCUCCCUCAGGUCCACUAAUGUAGCGCCCUCCCGCAACCUCACCGCUCCCCCCUCUCACUUCCGGAACACAUUUGGAGAACACGACUCGCUGCCUUUCGUUUUCGAAGUCGAUGAUGAAUGGCAGCGUCUCCCCGGGAGCCUGGGCAAUCUUUUCUUGUCCAGUGACUCUCCGGAGAGCCCACACGCAUUCGUGGAGGUUCUCGAGAGUGACGUCAGCGGGUCCAAGAAGUCGGACAACGCGGACGAAGAAUUCUCCGUUGGAGACAUCACCCGAUCAGAUGUGACGUUUACAAUGCCUACUUUCCGCACAGAUAAGGGCAAGUCGCGCAUUGCGAUGCAGCCUACAGUUGAGGACGAUGUAUCAUCCACGGACUCGGUUUUCGGUGAUGAUGCGCCACCGCAGCCACAGGCCCGUGUUUAUGAUUCCGAUGAAGCUUCCACAUUCGGUGUCAAAGCAAAGACUCCUGUCUCAGCCAGUGGGACAGCGACUCCAGCCCAGGCUCAGAGCACUCCUGUCAUUUCUGGGCAGGUUCUUCCUGAGGCUGUGCUGAAAUCCACCGCAGCUUUCGUUGACGAUCCCGCCCUCCCCACUCUGGACAACUCUAAUAACAGCAGCACCGGACAACAAUCACUCACUCAUGAUGUAGCAGCCUUCUUGAAGACGAUUUCUGGCAUCAUUUCUUCACAUCCAGAAUUAUCAGAGGGUGUUCGUAACAUCGUCGCCAAUGCCACAAACGGGACGUACUGGACUGCGCAUCGUGAUGCACUUUCUCGUGCUGCGGAGAAUAUUCAACAGGAAACCGGCAAGACCGCAGAAGAGAUUCAGAACGCUGAAGAGGAGGCUAGCGCCAGGGUUGCAGAUGCCCUUGGUGGGAUUUUCCGUACCUUCGGCGAUGCUGUCCAAACCGCCAGGACAGCGACUGAAUCAUUCCGGCCACCCGCUGCUCAAGAGGAGUUUGUUCCAGUGCCUCAAUGCGUCCGUCCCUGCGGAUUUAUCCCAUAUCCCAGACCUCCUCCAGGCCAUUUACCACCGCAUCCUCAUCAUCGCUGGGGCCCUCCUCCCCCGCCCCCGCCACCGCCGCCGCCUGGUCGCCGCCAUGGGUGGCCCCGCCCGCCUCCACCAUUUUGGGGGCUUCCAACUGGGCGCCAGGAGGAGCAUGGUCCACAUGUGGAUCAUCACGGCCGUGCAAGGAUGAGCGACAUCCGCACCACGUUAGCAGAGGCACGCAACCGGCGUUUGGGAAAUUUAGGGCUACCCACACCGGUCAACCCGCCUCCCAUUCCUAAUGCACCUGCUGCGCCACCUGCACGCGCUGUACCACCUCAUGAAAUGCAGGGCGAAUUGUCUGACUCCAGCCUGUUCAGGAGCCCUUCACCCACUCAAGAGGAGCUCAGGGCUGAUGUUGAACGCGCUAAGGCCGACUAUAAGAUGCGCAAGGAGAGGUAUCGUCAAGCUAGGGCCGGUAGGAAGUCGGCAGAGCAUCGCGAACAACGACAGGAAUCUAGCGGAAGCAAUGAUGUUUCUGGCCAUCCUAUCAUUUUUGGUACAGUGAGUGGCGCAGAUAUAUCUGCGUCUCAAGGGCUUCCUACGGCGACUCCAGUCCCUGAGGUGACAGUAUCUUCAUCCCCCGCUCCCACAACCGCGCCCGCGCCCUCUCAGCCUGCUACACCCGCUGCACCUCAGGUCCAUAUUGUAAGCAAUGCCAGGGGCGUGUACCCCCAACUCGAGAUGUUCAGCGUCCCCAGGCGCAGCCACACCAUUGGACACACUCCACGUCGUGGCCCUGGACAUCACGAGGACCGUUCUGUGAAUCGCAUCAUGAGGAAAUUGUCUGAGAUGGGUUUUACUGAGGGCACGUAUCCCAAAUUGAACGCCAAGGUGACGGAGCAAAUGGCUGCCCAUCCUCCCACUACUAAAGACGGCGAGGAUGACAUUGUGACCAACUUGAUCGAGGAGCUUAUUCCUUCCGCUUCCGCACCUCGGGCUAGCGGCUCCAGGGAACCCAUCCCCGGUGCUUGGGCCUAAUUGCAAGAUGCGGUGAUGUAUGAUGUAUGAGGCAGAUUCUUGACUGUAUAAUUUGGGGUUUUAAUCUGACUUUCUGACUGUGUUGUAUUAAAAGUUCUUGUAUUCUGAUUACUUAUGUCAAAGUUAUGUCGUUGGUACAGUAUUGUAAAUUCAUACGUUUGUGACUCCUAUUUCUUGGUGUGAUUGUCAUGAAUACUGUCGGUUUUGUGGCAUUGCUCAAUGAAAAAUUUAUAAAUACG